AUGAAAGUCGAAGCAUAUUUAAUAUAUUUGCUACACGGCAUGGUGUCAUGCUUGCGACGAGGCCCACAUCACCCUCAUGGACAAAUACCCGUGGAUCAAAAACACCAUCACUACCAACCUCGAUCGGCUGAAUCUUUAACUAGUGACAAUAAAUUAUUACAUGACACAAAGCAUUUGGAAGAAGACUCCAAAGUACUGACUCCGGAGGCUUUAGCUAAAAUGACGCCAGAAGAACUUGAAUUCCAUUAUUUUUCUGCUCAUGAUUACGACAAAAAUUCCAAAUUGGAUGGAUUAGAAAUGUUAAAGGCAGUAUAUCACACUAUUGAACAUGCACCUUUAGAUCCAGACGAAGAUGAUCCUAUAGAACCCGAAGCAGUACGAAUGGAUCUCUAUAUUUCGUUAGUAGAUAGGACCUUGAAUUCCGACGAUACAGACGGAGAUGGAUACAUAUCGUAUACGGAGUAUCGAGCUGCUCGCCUUAACAGUACGGGAGAGAGGACACCAAGAGUCGUCGCUGGCAAUUCGCCUUCA